AUGGAAUAUCCUGCUAACAUUUUUUGGAUCAUAUGGCUGGUGUCUUUGGGAGUACCAUGGCCCCUAGCUGUCUCCAAUAUGGCAAAUGAUGCCCAGAACUUGGAUGAGAGAGACUUUGUCAUAGGUUCCCUCCGGCGUAAGAUGUCGUCUGGCACUCGGCCAUAUACCUUAUCCCUGUCCCCGUCAGAUUAUCACUAUGCCCCUAAACCUAAGCACCUACGAGCUCCACGUCUCCUUCGUCUUCUAGGUCCUUCUUUUGACCCCUUUUGGAUGUCCAUAGAGAAUCCUUCAGAAAAUGUUAGCAGUAGUCAACUCUCUGUACUCAGCCAAGAUCUCUCGGAUGGUGCCAGCAGGUACCGUAAGAAACUGGCACAGGAGGCACAAGCUAUUGACUUUGGCUCUUUGCAGUUGCCAGCAGAUAUCUCUGUCAACAUGAGUUGGGCUAUUGAGAAUGAACUCCGUAAGUGGCUGGUGGAAAGAGCCAGUUGUCAGCUAAUCUCCAAUUGGGUAGACUUGGGACCUGUUUUCUGGCCGAGGUGGGUGAGGCACACAGACUGUGAUGGUGGCAACACUGCCUGCUCCUGGCCCCCUGGCAUGGUAUGUCGUCAAGCACAACUCACUCAGAUUAAGCUGCUUGCCUGGCAUUGCUGGGUACAGAACACUAGUGCCGGCUGGGCAGCACAGCAGUGCAUGUGGAGACAGGUACCAUACCCAGUGGUGGCUGCUUGUAAGUGUUCCUGCAGGUAA